AUGAAUAACAUCAUCGAUGCAUUUAUUACCUCAGGAAAAGCUCAAAAGGCUCAAGGCCAGACUUUCCAAUCAUUCCUCGCCUCUUUGGCAGUGUCAGUCGUUUUAUGCGGAUUUGUCACCUCAGUUCAUGUCAUCUUCAGGGCACAGUGGCUCCGGUUAUACGGUAAAAGCGAGACCGUGGGGGUGAAGGGAUUGGAUCGAUUGAGUUUCUCAAAUGUUGGGUUCUCACACCCUUACCUGUACUGGGCGCACCUCGUUUCAGCAGUUUUUGUGGCUAUAUCUGUGUGUCUGAUUUUGCAAGCGGAACUGCGGAGUUACAGCCGAUUUGAGGAGUCCUUAGGCGUUCAGUCUACCGGAUCUAGCAUCCUCAUUGUCUCUUCGUCGAAGAAGCCGCUUGAUCCCAAAGCAAUUCGAAGACAUUUUAGUGCCAUGUUUGGGGGUGUGCAGGGCAUUACGAUAAACCGCGACCUUCGCCUGCUUGAUGCUAAGAUUUCCCGUCUGGAUGCUUGGAUCGCGAAGCUUGAGGCGGCCGAAACGGAGCUGGUUAGAAAAGCGAGCCGCUCCAAGGGAAUGCCUGCUCAGCCGCUAUUGGCUCAACACAGUUUUGUGCUGUUGUGGAAGAGAUAUUUGCUCGAGAGUGCUGUGUCUCAAAUCGCAUAUAUCGUUGGCAUAAUCCCAGAAUUAGCCUGGCUAGAGACGCUCCCAAGUUGGAUGGUACCUGCAAUUCAAGGUGUCCUCCCUCCGAUUAUGCUGGCAGUAUGGAUCUCACUGGUGCCCAUGGCUGUACGCGUCCUGGUAAAUUUCCAGAAGUUACAUUCACAUCAGGCCGUAGAGAGCUCGGUGCAGAGGCUUUAUUUUAUCUUCCUCUUUAUUCAGGUCUUCCUCGUCGCUUCCUUGUCCUCUAGUAUUACAACAGUGCUUGCGGGACUUGGAAGCAAUGCCAAGUCGGUGCCCCUCGUCCUUGCACAGAACUUGCCAAAGGCUAGCAAUUAUUUCUUCUCCUACUUCAUCUUGAAGGCAUCUUCAACAAUCAGCAUUACUCUCAUAUGCGGCGAAAAGCUUUUGAAUCUUCUUCUUUCGUAUAUACGAGACAAGACUGCGAGGCAGAAAUGGACGAGGAGCGAGGCAAUCAACGUCAAGCUCUGGGGCACCUUUGUGCCGGACUAA